AGAAACCGACCAGUUAAAUCUCAGCAUUCAGCAGAAACCAGUGUCUUCGUGCAGAUCGCCCAAAAACUCUCACAGUGCAUCGCUUUCACUGAGAUUUCGUCACUCUCUAAAACCCUAACUCUCUCUCUCUCUCUAAAAUCCUGUUCUUGUACUUGCUUUCCUAGACACAAAAAUUCCCAUUCUUUUCAAUGUCUGCACCUGCGAAACCCUAAAUCCCCAAAUCCAAUUGUAAAAACAAAAAUCGAACCUCUUCGUUUCAGAAACAGCAAUUCCCAGGGGAUUCAACUGAUUAGUCAUCCCCUCCAGUAAGCCCAAAUCAUUUCUCUACCAAAAGCCCUACUUUUUUCGAAAUUAAGCACCGACCCACAUAACCAUUUCAGCUAAAUCCCUUAUCGUUCAGCAGAACAAGAUCAGUGAGUCACAUUUGGAGAAUUGAAUUUUGGUGGGUUGGUGGGGGAGAGGAUGUUGAUGGUAGAGAACUAUGGAGGGAAGUAAAGUAGAGAAUGGAAGCUCAAGCGAGGGUCGGCCUCCGAACCCUCUUUCGACCUCCGCGUACUGGCAGUGUGGAUUCAGCCGCGCCGAUGGCGUUCCUAUGCCGUGCAAGAAAUCGCUCGUUCGACACCCAUCUCUUAUGAAGACGAAAACAAAAGAGAUCAACGUUGAACCAGGAGUUCAAGCAAAGAACUUUGAAUCUAAGUUCAUUCCAAUUGUCCGCUCUGGAGCAUGGGAUGACAUUGGGUCUCGUCUAAACAUGGAAGAUGUAUAUGUCUGCGUUGACAAUUUUGUGAACGAUUACGGGCUCAAGAAUCGUACCGAUGGUCCAAAUGCCUUCUAUGGGGUGUUUGAUGGACAUGGAGGAAAGCAUGCUGCUGAUUUUGCUUCCUCUCAUCUGCCAAAGUUCAUUUUUGAGGAUGAAGACUUUCCUACAGAUAUUGAACGGGUCAUCACUUCAGCAUUUCUGCAUACUGACACUGCCUUUGAGGAAGCUUGCACCUUGGAUGCCAAGCUUGCUUCUGGUACCACUGCAUUGACAGCUCUUCUAAUGGGAAGGUUGUUGGUGGUAGCAAAUGCUGGAGAUUGUCGAGCGGUGCUGUGCCGCCGUGGCAAAGCAAUUGAAAUGUCAAGAGAUCACAAACCGAUUUGUAGCAAAGAGAAACAACGUAUCGAAGCAUCUGGAGGAUACGUGUAUGAUGGUUACCUUAAUGGGCAGCUUAACGUUGCUCGUGCAUUGGGAGAUUGGCAUAUGGAAGGGAUGAAGGGCAGGCAGGGUGGGCCACUGAGUGCAGAGCCGGAACUUACGACUGCAAAACUGACAGAGGAGGAUGAGUUCCUUAUCAUUGGCUGUGAUGGGAUCUGGGAAGUGUUCAGGAGUCAAAAUGCUGUGGAUUUUGCUCGUCGGAGGCUUCAGGAGCACAAUGACCCAGCCGCAUGUAGCAAGGAUUUGGUUGAUGAGGCUUUGAAGAGGAAGAGCGGGGACAACUUAGCUGUUGUCGUCGUUUGCUUCCAACCACAGCCUCCGCCUAAUUUGAUUGCCCCUCGCUCAAGAGUGCACCGGAGUUUUUCCGCAGAAGGUUUGAAAGAGUUGCAGAGCGUCUUGGAUGAUUUGAAAACUUGAGAUGACGACGAAUGGUUUAGCCUAUUUUCCCCUCUACGUGAUGUGUUUGUCUAAUUGAAAAUUUUCGUUGUAGUUUUACUGAGAUUUCGAGUUCCAACUGUAAAAUAGGUGGCGGCCAAGUCGGUAACCUAAUUUGUUGUUAUUUUAUAACCUCUGAUUUAACUCGUGUAGACAGUCCUUGAUAUGAUUUUAAUUAGUGGAUGGGAUUUACAGUGGAAUUACUUUUU